GUAUCUACUUAUGGUAUUUUUUAUGGUUGGUAACCAAGAAGCCUUAUUUUGGGAGUAGACUUUUGGUCGGUAAUUGACUCUGAAAAAGUUAAGUGAGAACGGGAUCCUGUUUGACAGCCGGAAUAUGUUAUAAUAAUAAUAAUAAUAACUGAUAAAAAUAUCCGUCGCAAUAAAAGUAUUCAGUCAAAAAUCUGCGUAGAAGCAUACUAGUCAUCAGUUGAAACAGUAUUUCUUAAAAAAACUAUAACUAAUGUCUUUAAGCAAUAACUGGAUUGUAUUGUUCAUAAUUUCUGUUGCAAAAAUAAAGGCAAGUUCAUUUGAAACUUUAAACUCAGCUGGAAAAAAAGGCGAUUGCUAUAAAACAGGAAACAAUCAAAUAAUCUGUUUUUCAAAUUAUUUUAAAAAUCGUAUUGACAAAAAUUUGUAUAACGCGCAUUCAUUUUAUUCAACAAUGAAUUAUAAUAAUAAUAAUAAUAAUAAUAACAAUAAUAAUAAUAAUAAUAAUGAUAAUAAUGGAAGAACUUUUUUUGAAAAUAAUGACAAUGAUGUUAAAACAUGGACUAUGUAUAAUAAUAACGGAAGAUUUAUUGUCAACAAAGGAAAUAAUAAUAAGCUUACAAUAGUCGUCGAAAACGAUAGUAAUGUUAUUGCGCUUAACACUAAGAACAAUAACGUAAACAAUAUUUUUGUUAAAAACAACAGUAAUAAAAUUACUAUUAGUGACAGUAAUAAUAACGUCCACGUUUGUACUAUUGACAAUGACAGCGCAGAAAUUUCUAUUCGAAAUGAAAAUAAUAACAAAAAUACUAUUACUAUUAAUCACAAUAGUGAUGUAAUUAAUAUCGAUAAUACUGAUAAUAAUGUUAACGCAAUCGUUAUUAAUAAUAAUAGUCGUAUGAUUACUAUUAAUAAUGGUAAUAACAAUGUUAAUACUAUUAUUAUUAAUCAUAAUAAUGAACUGAUUACUAUUAAUAAUAAAAAUAAUAACGUUAAUAAAAUAACUAUCAGAGGAAAAAGAGGAAGGAUUGUUAUUAACGAUAAUAAUAAUGUUAAUAAUGUUAAUACAAUUAAUGAUGAAAAUCAUUAUUCAUGUACUAGCUAUUGAGUGAAUAUUGUUAAUAAUAAUAUAUUUAUUUAAUUGCUUUCCAUAUAUAUUGGUUGCAAUCGGGCCCACAAAUUAGACUAUUAAUCAAUUUACAUAAAAAAAAUUAUAUUUGGUGUGAGGAAGUAUUUACAUUUUGAACUAAUUCUCUUGAGCUUUUAACUCUUAAAUUACAGCAAAUUGUUAUGUGACAAUGUAUGCAAUUGAGUUGUUUGGGCAGGUACAGAAUUUAAAUUUGAUUGUUAAUAAUAAUAAUAAUGAUGAUAUAUUGGAUAACGUAUAAGAGAUACUAAACCUACAGUAACCCUGUGGAAAAACUCUCAUAAAUUCUGAUAAGAUAUUGAAUAUUUUUUAUGAGAAUCUAUGAGCUUCGAAAAUAUCUAUGAGAUUUUGUAAACUUGUAAAAUUGUAAACUUUACAUUUUUCGAAAACUUAUAAAUACUUAUAAUCACAAUAUUACAGUUUCUGUUUCUUAUAGAUUCUGAUAAUUUAUAUGAGAAUUUUAAGGAAAAUUUUUUUUUGAUGCACCAUCUAUGAGAAAAUGAUUGUAUCAGAAUUUUUGAGAUUUUUCGCGGACAAAUACUGAUCGUUUUCUCAUAGCAAUUUUUUUUAUGAGAUUUUAUAAGACCUUUUCCACAGGGAAGUUAUUGGCAAAAGAGUUUACAUUCAAUGUAAAAUGAAUGUUAACUUUGAGUGUCAUCAAUUUAUUUAAACUGUAUUCUAAAAUUGUAUUUUAAUAUUGUAUUUACAUAAUAAAUAAUUCCAAAA